AUGCGGGGGUGCCUGUUAGGCAUCUGGUUCUCCAUCCUCGAUGUCCUCUCGUCGAUUGCCAUUCGAACAAAUGCCUGCCUGAUUGCUUUCACCACCGCCUUCAUCAAUCGUCUGGUCUACGUCCUAUACUACUCGCCUACGCGUACCAUGCAGGGUUAUACCAAUUUCUCGCUCUCCUACAUGUCUGCGGACCGAUUCACUGCACCUAAAAGCAAUCGGGACAUCCUCAACGGUUCAGAGUAUCCCGAUCUGCGACAGGCUCCAUGGGAUCCACAACCCUAUGAGUACUUGCCGGCAUUCUGGCAUAUAUUGGCCAUCAAGUUCGCGUUUGUCUUCGCUUUUGAGAUCGAAGACGAGGACGCGAAAACGCCGCCGGAGGAGAAACCGCCCACCACUCUACCGCCUCUCCAAUUUAACAACUACGAACAUCCCGAGUACAAUGUAGGUUUGAUUGCCUCCUCCUCCCCCCUCCUACCCCUC